AUGCAGUUUGUAAGAGGACAGAAUUACAGCUUAUCGGAACCAUUCUACGGAGUAACGACUGUAAUUAAAUUCUGUCUAGCAUCUGCUGAAGAUGACAUCAAGCUGUCAUGUCUUUCUGGCUCGGAGAAGACCCAAAAAGCUGUUCAUACGCGUUCUCUAUUAUCUGGAGGUUGUAAUACUAUACACGUCAAUCUACCGCGCUCUACUGAUAACAAGAGUGUUCGUGUUUGCAUUGAGCAGGGCCCGUCAACAUUAGCAGAACAAGAAAUUAAUAUCUCAAGAGAAGUGGAACCUGACUAUGAAAAAAAUCAAAGAAGAGGCCGAAUGAAGUUCGUUUCGAACGACAUGAUAGAGGUGUUGAUUGAUUUAGUCUAUGAAGCAAAGGAUGCUCGUGAGCUUGGCUACAAGCUCAGUUUCUCCCACUCACAGGUGGAGAAGUACCUUGUCAGGGCAGAUUCAUCAGCUAGCAGUGUUUCAAAAUCUGGUUUUAAAGAGAUGCUUCAAGACUGGAGAAAGCGUGUCCGACCUAGUGAACAGGUUAAGAAACUUCAACUUGCUUUAGAGGCCGUUGGGUUAACUCAUGAAGCUGAAAUCAUUAUUUCAUGA